UUGAAUGAGCGUGAUCAGGAACUAUUUUAUAAUGAUAUAGAGAUCACUAGCAUCCCUGAAGAGAAGGGUGAAAACUUAAUACACAUUGUUACCACUUUGUCCGUGAAGUUAGGUGUCAAGCUUUCUGAGAAUGAUUUAGUCAGCGCCACACGCGUGGGAAGGGUAAAUGUGUCCUCGGAAACUGUGCCGGAGUCACGUCCGAGGCCUGUAGUUGUGAAGCUCGGCAGACGCGCUCUUAAGGAUCAAGUGUUGAUGGCGACUCGCGUUCGUCGCGGCAUCACUACCGAAGGCACCGGUUUACCAGCUCCGCACCGUCGAUUCUACGUCAAUGAGAGACUGACGAAAGUCAACCGGCUACUUUUUUGGCAAGCUCGGAAGAAAACGAAGUAA